GUUAUCAAACGGUAACCAUGACUCCUGCCCGUGUCCUAGUCUACAUGCAACCCGAUCGAUAACAUAAAGCGCCAAGGUUGAAGCUGCGAGACAAUAUUUAGUUCACUUUCUUUAACCGUAAAUUACACACCAGCAUUUAAUUAGUCAAUCUAGAGUGCAAAGAAAGCCAUGAUGAAAUAAUCUAACAGUCCAAUGUCUUAUUUUAUAAUAUAAAUAUGUUAGAUGUAUUAGACCUGAACAACCAGAUGUGUGUUGAGUACAUACGUAUGGGGGUAGAGAUACAAACUGCUGACGGUAUUUUGGUGAACACAUGGCACGAUCUUGAGCCUAAAACUCUCUUUGCACUUGGAGAUGAAAUGAAGUUAGGCUGGGUGUCUCAGGUGCCUGUAUACCCAGUUGGACCACUCGUCCGACCGGCUAACGCAACCUUGAGGAGUAAAGUAUUCGAUUGGCUGGAUAUGCUAUCUGAGAAAUCAGUGAUAUAUGUUUCAUUUGGGAGUGGUGGAACCCUUUCAGCCAAGCAAACAAUGGAGAUGGGGGGAUUGGAGUUGAGUGAGCAGAGGUUCAUCUGGGUGGUGCUCCCGCCUAUAGAAAAUGAUUCAGCUGCAACCGUCUUUAAGACGGGUCAUAGAAGUGAUGACACUCCAGAUUUUCUGCCUGACGGGUUCUUGACUCGAACCAAAAGGAUGGGAAUGGUCGUCCCAACAUGGGCCCCACAAACUGAGAUCUUGAACCACCCAGCGGUGGGUGGAUUCUUAUCACACUCUGGUUGGAACUCGACUCUGGAGAGUAUAGUCAGUGGGUUGCCAAUGAUCGCAUGGCCACUAUAUGCAGAACAGAGGAUCAAUGCUGCAAUGCUGACAGAGGAUAACGGGGUGGCUGUUCAGUCCAAGGCUAAGCCAUUGAGGGAGGUGGUAAGUAGGGAUGAGAUAGAGACGAUGAUUAGAGAGAUCAUGGAGUUGAAAGGCGGCGCGAGAAGGGCCAGACUAGAGACACUAAAAUUAAGUGCAGAGAAAGCUUUAAGAAAUGGUGGGUUAUCACAUAAUUCACUUGCUCAAGUGGCAAAUGACUGCAAGAUUAAGGUGCUUAGAAACAGAACUCACGAGCAUGAUCACCUGCUUUGAAUCCCUAGUAGCAGCAGCAGCUGGGAUAUGUGUUUCCUCUAUAAUGAAUGAUAAAUAGGAAACUGAAAAUACAGCCACAAGUAGAUCGAUGCUGCUGCUCAUCAUCAGAUAACUUGCAAUGAGAAGGAUUCUUGCUGAAUGUAGGGAAUAGAAAGGCUGGAAGCCCAAGCCAGUGCUUAAAUUAAGCUGCUUGGAAAUGUUUCAGGAUGCACUAUCCUAAAUUGGACUACUCUUAUUUUCUUUUGUUUCAUUUUAUUACUGUUCCUGACUGGUUUAGCACAGGAAAAGUUGUUAAAUUACUAUUCUUACAUUCACUCAGAAAUGAUUCCUCUUUCUGCUUU